AUGUCGGUCGCCACACCCAUCGCAACCACCGCCACUUCCGCCUGUGCGGCCUGCUUUACGCUCCAAGCAGACCUCGAAGUACCGCUGAAGCGGUGCGGCCAGUGCAAAGCGGUCCUGUACUGCUCGCGAGACUGCCAAGUCGGCGCUUGGCCUGCGCACAAGGCGGAAUGCAAGGCUUUACGGACCGGCGCCGCCCAGCCAGCCCCACCUCCUCCCAAGGCGUCCAACCUCCUCGGCGACCUUCUAGAGAAGCAGUCUCGCGACACCCCUCCCAACGCUCACCUCUCCUCCCUCCCUCAGGCGGAUGCCAUCCGUCAGCUCAUCGACGCGUACCGCCUCCGCGUCGAGGACGAGUACAGCUUCAACGGCGAGGCGUGCGGGCUGUAUGGCGGGGAAGACCCCAAUCCUGGCUUCAUGGAUUAUCUGCAUAUGGCGGAAGAGAGGAAGAUAUUGCCGGACUGGUGGAGCAAGAAGAAGCGGAGGCAGGUGGUUGCGGUUGCGAAUGAUACGCAAGGGAACAGCUGCAUCCAUCACGCGGUGGAGAAGAGCGAUAUCAGCGAGGCGUAUGGGGAUGGGAUGAUGCCUAUGGUGCUGAGGAAUCUGGCGACGAGGAUCUAUGGAGAGCCCGUCAAUAGCUUCGCGAACUUCGGGUGGUGA